GUGACGUGUAGCCUGCAAAGUUGGCGGAACGGGCUGCAGGCUCGAGGAGCGUAAAUAUUCCUUUCAGUUUGGGGCCUAUACUCACGGCAAAAUCAAGAACCUUGUUUUUGUCACAAUGGGAAAGAAAACGCCUGCUCAGAAACUUCUCGUGGGGAAGGCUUUCCUGAAAUACCUCAACGAAACCAAUCAGAGUAUCUGUUUUGGGAGAAGAGAGCUAUCAGAGAUCUACGCAAAUAACUACAAGCAAUCUCAUGGAGCUGCUUGCAAAGGAGUCAAUUUUUCUUCCAUCCUUUUUACUCUACGGAUGAACGGCAUGUUGAAGUUCAAGAGUGACCAAGUUCACAUCACGCCCGGCUUCCUUGCCAGGGACCAGUAUUCAACACUGAAAUUGCACGAACUGGAUACAGCCAAUAAGGCGGCUGCAUCCCGUCACCCAUUUUACUGUGCUGACUGUGACGUGAAGGGCAAUUCUUUGUUGUCAUUCCGAGGCCACCUGAUGGGAAAGAAACACCUUCAGCAAAUGAGUUUCAAGUAUUUGAAGAACCAGAGGGAUAUAAUGAUAAGCAGUCGCAAUGGCAUCCGAGUGACCAGUGACUACGACGAUGACAAUGGGACAAUCGCAUUCAGCAUGGAUAUCAACUCCACACAGACGUUUGUUCUCACGGUUACCAACACCAGUGAUUCAGCACAGAAUAGUUUCCUGGCCUGUUUGCUGCUGAAAGCCCAGCCUGGGAUCACCUUGACAGAUCUCCCAGACAAUGGAAUUCUACAACCUGGACAGAAAUGCUACGUUCAAGUUCUGGUCAAAUCUGAUUGCCUCGGCGUGCUGCAAAGCCCACUUUUGAUGGCCUUCAAACCUAGCAACGAAAACACAGUUUUCCAGAUUCUUCGAUUCCUGAAGGUUGAAGUGAUAGGUGACAUAGCAGCAGACAUACCCCCUUCAGUGCCUUAUGAGCGGCCAUCAAGGAAGUCACUCAGGCAGGCCACAGGAGAAAUUGUUGAUGGAGUGCCACCUCCUCAAACCAAGAACAGCGUACUGAAAAUGGGAAACCUGAAGCCCUACUUUGUGCCAAGUCACCUGCGUUAUCAGAUUAACACCAAAGACGAAAUGGAAGAUAUCAACAAACGCCUCGAAGAACCUCUGUGCUGGGACAACUAUGCUCGCAAGCUGUCGAACCUCUUGCAUAUAGAAGAAUGUCAGAUGGAGGUGGACAUCCGACGCUACGACAUCAACGGUGCCACCAUGAAGCAAGAAGGAACCUUCCUCAAACUGAAAGUUCCAGGGCUUGCUGAGAAUCGUCCGUCAGUUCUGAGGGGGGACCACCUCUUUGCCCGUUUUGUGAUUGACAGAUCUAAUCCACACCCCGAGCAGGUCAAGACCUACAAGGGCUAUGUCCACCGUGUAGAAUUGGAGGAGCUGGUGCUUGGCUUUUCAAAAGAGUUCUUAAACCGCUAUGCCAAUGGGAUCAAGGUCGACAUCGAGUUUACCUUCAAUCGCUUUCCCCUCCGCCUGCAGCAUUUUGCUUUGGAAGAGGCACCCAAGCAUCCUGACAUCCAGAGCGUGCUAUUUCCCGAAUCCCCUGGAGUGAAACCCCUGCUUUGCUCCCUGACCAAUGAAAGUCAGUUUGCUCACAGUCUAUAUGACCAGAAGCUAGCCUCAAAUACAGAGCAAGUCAAGGCCAUCCAGCAUAUUCUACAAGGAACCUCUCGCCCAGCUCCAUAUCUGGUGUUUGGACCUCCAGGCACCGGCAAGACUGUUACCAUUGUUGAGGCCAUCAAGCAGGUUUACAAAAAUCUGCCCAGCAGCCGCAUUUUGGCCUGCGCCCCUUCCAACAGCGCAGCUGAUCUGAUCGCUAAGCGGCUUCUGACUGGCACCGGUACCCCAGUCAUCGUGACAACACUCUUCAGGGUCAACGCCCUGAGCAGAGACUGGAAAACGGUGGACCAAACCCUGAAGGAAAAAAACUGCUGCAACUACAACAAGAUGACAGGGGAUAAUUUCUUCCCAGUCAAGGAGGAGCUUAUGGAGAAGCGUGUUCUAGUGACCACCCUCUGUACAGCUGGAAGGCUGGCCACUGCAAAGGACUUCCCCUACGACCACUUCACCCACGUCUUCAUCGACGAGGCGGGCCACGCUGUGGAGCCAGAAGCCAUUAUAUCCCUGGCCAACCUCCUGAACCCAAACAACCCCCGAGGAGGUCAGGUGGUUCUGGCCGGUGAUCCCAAGCAGCUAGGACCCAUCCUCAGGUCACCACUGGCCCUUGAACACGGACUGGAGCUGUCACUGUUGGAGCGCCUCAUGACAAAGUGCCAGGUAUACAAACGCGGGAAGGUGGAGCCGCAUUACGACAGCCGCGUGCUGACCAAGCUGCUGCGUAACUACCGCUCCCACCCGGCCAUCCUCAAACUGCCCAAUCAGCUGUUCUAUGCAAAUGAGCUAGAAGUCCACGCUGAUAAAUUCGCUAGGGAGUCACUCUGCGGUUGGGAAAAGCUACCCCAAAAGGAUUUUCCCAUUAUCUUCCACGGCGUCGAGGGAGUAGACGAACGAGAGGGACAGAGCCCAUCCUUCUUCAACAAAGCCGAGAUUCAGAUUGUCAUUGAGUACGCUCAGGACCUGCUGGAAAAAAGAGGUGGCAAGCGCGUCAAGGAGGCAGACAUAGGCAUCAUCUCACCCUACCGUCGCCAGGUGCAAAAGAUCAAGGAGGUACUUAAGAAGCGUAAAAUCACCAACAUCAAGGUGGGCUCGGUGGAAGAGUUCCAGGGUCAGGAGAGACUAGUCAUCAUCGUGUCCACCGUCCGCAGCACCAAACCAGAACACAUCCAGAUGGACAUUGAUUACAAGCUGGGCUUCGUCAAAAACCCAAAGAGGCUGAAUGUGGCCGUGACGCGAGCUAAGGCCCUGCUGAUCCUGGUGGGCAACCCCUUCAUGCUGAGGAAGGAUACCAACUGGAACAUGUUCCUGGAGUAUUGCUUGGAGAACAGUGCCUACACAGGAUGCUUCUUUAACAAUGAGGAAGAUGAAGUAGAAGACACCAUAGAGAAGUUUCAGCAACUGAAGAUAACGUCUGACCUGGUGGACAAACCGGUUGAGGAUUGUCUGCAGGGAGUGAGCGUUGUAGCUGAACAGCAGGACCCUGAGUGGCGCAGUGAGGAUUAAAUGAUGAAAUUGUAAGAAAGAAGGGCAGGUAAACUGACUUGCGGCUGAAAACCAACCAUAGACCUAGUAGGAGUUUCAAUUUUAGCUUUGUGUUUAUUUUACUUGGAAAGUAACGUAUAUUUUAUUGUGCAUGGACAGCUUUUCAAAUUAGUCAAAAUAUAUUCGAAUUUUUGUUGAGGAUGUGAGUCCUGAGGAUUAUUAAUAACUUAUUGUAAUAUUCUCAAUUUUUUGAUUGAAAUGUGGCAUGUUACCCACCAGAUUCCUUUUAAACCCAACUUCUCAUCACACGACGAAAUCAUGUCUUUUCAUGGGUUUAUUACAAACAUUCCUUGGCAAUAUGGCAUUAUCCAUCUCUUACUUUGAAUAAAAGUAAAAGGCAUUAUAUACUCAAAUAUGUAUUUUAGAGAAUUGAAAGAAUUUGUGAAGUUCAAAGAACAUCUGUCAUUUAUUUUUUUACAAUUAAUUUUAAGUAGCUUUGUUAUUUUCGAAAUUUUCGAUGGCAGCUGUGAGUUAUAGAAAUGUAUUUAAUGACAUUUUAAACACAGGUGAAGUGAACACAAUUUAUCCCACUCGUUUAGGUUUACUUCCAUAUCAGAUUAAUUUGUUGUUUGGGAUUUCACUUGUCAGUUUCCCAAAUCCCCAUACUCGAUAAUUUUGAUCAAGUAUUUCUAGAGGAAAUUUGAAAUGUUUAGGAAGGCAAAAUUAAUUGCAUUAUGAAUUCCAUGUUCUGAACUUAGAAAUGACGGUGUUGAAAUGUCAGAUACUGGAAAUGAAGAUAAGAAGUAUGUGUAUUGGUAGAUAUAAAGUAGUUAAAUGAACAUUUAAAAUUUGACAUUUCUGUUGAUCAAUUUUCUUGCCACGUAAUUCCUUUAAAACCUACAGUGAGAACAUAAUUCUAAGAAUCUCAGCAUUCUAUAUGAAAAAUUUUAUGUCACCAGGAUUUUUAUAUUUUCAGGAAGGCAGCAAUUUAACGAAAGUGCCUGAGGUUUAAAGAUUAUGUAGUAAGCAGUUAUUGGUGCUUGAAUUGGAACGGUUUUGUGCAAGUUUGUGUCCACACCACUACGCACAGUUUAAUUAUGUGUGCUGUACACAAUGGUACACCUACUUGCAUAAUUAUAGUGUAGCUACCUUGUGUAUUGUUCAUGUAUAAUUAUGUAACGGCAUUUAUAAUGGCUCUGUAAAGACUUCAAACCACCAAACGAACCAGUCGCAUUCACACUGCCCAGCUUUUUCUCAGUCUUUGAAUUUGGCAUAUUUACUUGAUUUUUUCUUAAUUGGACAUACUAGUAAAAUAAUGAAUUAUGAAAUGCAGGUCAAUUGAUGUCACACCGGGAUUAAAACUCUACGCAGCAGGUAUGGAGGACACCGAGCAAUAAAUUCAAUAUAUUGUGUUUGAAAUAACAAA